AUGACUGAAUCAAACGACCAUGUCGACCAAGGAAACUUUGAUCUCCUCAAAGUUCUCGGCCAGGGCUCCUUUGGCCGUGUCUUUCUCGUGCGCAAGCGUGAUGGUCAUGAUGCCGGAACCAUGUAUGCCAUGAAGGUCCUCAAAAAAGCCUCACUCAAAGUCCGCGAUCGUUUCCGCACCAAGGCCGAGCGUGACCUUCUCGCCGCCAUCCACCAUCCCUUUAUCGUACACCUCCAUUACGCUUUUCAAACAGAGGGCAAGGUCUACCUCAUUCUCGACUUUUUGCGCGGCGGUGACCUGUUCAACCGCCUCUCCAAUGAAGUUAUGUUUACGGAGAAGGAUGUGCAAUUUUACCUGGCAGAGCUGGCGCUCGCCCUCGAGCACCUCCACAACCUUGGCAUCAUCUAUCGUGACCUCAAGCCCGAGAACAUUCUUCUCGACGCCGGUGGCCAUAUUGCCCUCACCGACUUUGGUCUCUGCAAGGAGUACACGGAAGAAGGUGGCAAAACAUACAGCUUUUGCGGCACGCAACAGUACAUGGCCCCCGAGGUCAUCAAUCGCAAGGGCCACGAUACCAGUGCCGACUGGUGGUCAUUUGGUGUGCUGAUGUACGAAAUGUUGACGGGCGAUUUGCCUUUUGACUCGGAUAACCGCAAGACCCUGAUGCAGAUGAUUCUCAAGGCACGUCUGUCAAUGCCCCAGCACUUGUCACCCGAAGCCCAGUCACUGCUGCGCAAGCUCUUCAAGCGCGUACCAUCAGCCCGUCUUGGCUACAACGGAGCGGAUGAAAUCAAGCAGCACCCGUUCUUCGCCACCAUCGACUUUGACAAAUUGUUCCGCAAGGAGCUCGAGCCUCCCUUUAAGCCCAAUCUUACUGGCCAGGAGGACCUCCACUACUUUGAUCGCGAUUUUCUGAAGAUGGCGGCAGUCGACUCGCCCGUGCCUCCACCUAGCGCCAAUCACGUGGAAAUGUUCCGUGGCUUUAGCUACAUUUCCCCCUCGGUCAUUGAAGACGUACCACGCAGUCGCCCCAUCCGCCCCCUCCGCGCCGACCUGCAUCCCAAGAUUCGCCAAGGCCCGCCUACCAUUGAGUACGAGGUGCUCGAAGAAGUGCUGGGUGCCGGCACGUUCUCCGUCUGCAAGCGCGCCAUUCACAAGCAGACUCGCGUCGAGUAUGCCGUCAAAAUCAUUGACAAGACCAAGCGCAACCCCGAGGAGGAGAUUGACAUUUUGUUCCGCUAUGGCGGUCAUCCCAACAUCAUGACGUUGCACGAGGUCUUUGAUGACGGCGACAAGGCGUACCUCAUCACCGAAAUGUUGCGCGGCGGCGAGCUGCUUGACCGCAUUCUCGAGCAAGGCUGUUUGCAAGAAAAGGAGGCAGCCGAGAUUAUGCGCAAGCUGGGCGAGGUGGUCGAGUACCUGCACAGCCAGGGAAUUGUUCACCGCGACCUCAAGCCAUCCAACAUUCUGUAUGCCAGCCCAGACCGCCACGUGGACAGUAUUCGCAUUGCCGACUUUGGCUUUGCCAAGCAGCUGACGGCAGAAAACGGCAUGCUCAUGACCCCCUGCUACACGGCCAACUUUGUGGCACCAGAGGUGCUGAAGCGUCAGGGCUAUGACAAGGCUUGCGACAUUUGGUCCCUGGGUGUUCUUUUGCAUACUUGCCUCGUUGGUUAUCCGCCCUUUGCCACUGCGCCCAGUGACACAUCAGACAAGAUUUUGGCCCGCAUCACCGGCGGCUCGAUUGACUUUGAGCAAAAGGGCUGGAACCACAUUAGCAACGAGGCCAAGCAGCUGAUUUUGAGCAUGCUGCAGGCCGACCCCGCGCAGCGCAUCACAGCCUCGCAGUUGCUGCGACACACGUGGCUGCACAUGCCCCACGGCUCGACUGGCAUUGCUCCCCGUCGGGGCUCCCCCUCGACCAUCAACCAGGUUAAGCACGCCGUUGAGGCCGCCUUUUCUGCCAUGAACCCGAACCCCGAGGUGCCCUCGCUCGGUAACAUCAAGGAGUCAACGCUGGCCCGUCGUCGCGGCACGGCUCCCAACCUGCCCAAGCUCAGCGAGUAA